AUGUCGUCGGAGUCGCGCGACGAGGAUCCACCCCCAUUAGCCACAAAAGCAUCGGCAUCAUGUGCUAACGCCAUUGUCGCACAAAUAACUGUACAUUCGCAAGAAUUGCAGCGAGACGGAGAAACGGUAGCGCAAUGGAUGCCGAGAGAUUCAAGAACUUACCGGCUUUUAACGCAUGGACACGAAGUGCGAGGAUUGCGUGUACUUAGAUAUGGCGGUGAAGCAGAAAAUAGGCUAAAGGUUCCGCCAAAGAUAAAACUAAUAGAUAUGUGGCUAAAAGAAAGUGGGCACAUGUUUCGGGCACUUGGCAGGAAAUGA